CCCGGUGUCAAGCCUAUGCGCACAAAUGAGAGACGACACGGACUAUUCAUGUCUCACUUCUGUCGAAUAGUCUUUGGUCUGUCAAGUCAAGCAAUUAACCUGACUUUUUAUCCAUGCGGCUGGGAUGAUUCCCGGCUAGUAUACUGCAUUACUGGAGUCAUGAUCCAACAUUCUAUCAAGCUGAGGCACGCUAGCGGCUGUGGGGACUGGGGACCCCGCUCGGUGCCAUACGGUCGGAUUCUCUAGCAGAAGGCUAUAUAACUCGCGACCUUCUCGACAUCCCUCUCGACAUCUCUCGACGUCAGUGUUGUCUCUACUCAACUUCCUCAACAUACGAGCAGGCAACCCUUCCUAUCCCCGGUUUCUUUACAAGUCACCCAUUUGCCUCCCAACAUGGCAAUCAAUCCUAGGACCUACCAAUUUUUGGUUGGUGUUUUUGCUUCGUUAGGCUCGUUCCUUUUUGGAUACGAUCUCGGUGUGAUUGGUGGCGUCGUCGCAUCCAAAUCCUUUGAGUCUACUUUCAAAAAUCCAGGCGCAAAUGAGGUCGGCGCUGUGGUCUCUGUUUUUACCGGCGGCGCCUUCGUUGGUGCUGCUAUUGCCGGACCUGCUGGUGAUUGGUUUGGUCGCAGAAUGACCAUUAUGAUGGGUGCCAUCGUCUUCUGCUUAGGAGGCGGCCUCCAGUCAGCUGCUCAGAAUCUCGGGUUUUUGUACUCUGGAAGACUUAUUGCGGGAUUGGGUGUUGGGAUCAUGGUUAUGAUCAUUCCACUAUACCAAGCCGAGAUUGCUCAUCCUUCUAUUCGUGGACGUAUCACAGGUCUCCAACAGUUUAUGUUAGCCAUUGGAGCCACUGUCGCUGCUUGGACUACCUAUGGCACCAAUCUCCACCUUGGUCCUACAAACAACAACCAAUGGCGCAUUCCCCUUGGAAUCCAGAUUGUUCCUGCUGGAAUAUUGGCCAUUCUUAUUCUUCUCUUCCCAGAGUCUCCAAGAUGGCUCAUCGAUCACGGCAAGUCGGAACAAGGCUUGGAAACACUAGCUCGACUACACGCCAGCGGUAACGACCAGGACGUCUGGGUGCGAUCCGAAUAUGAGCAGAUCGAAGCUGCCAUCGCCCACGAGCAUGAAAACUCUGCUAAAGGGUAUCACGAUUUGUUUACGAACAGGUCAAGCUUCCGACGUCUCGUUCUUGUAACGGCUCUCCAAGCAUCUGUACAGAUGACUGGUGUAUCAGCAAUUCAAUACUUCUCCCCGCAAAUUUACGCCACCUUGGAGAUCCCUACUCAAGAUGCGUUGAAGUACCAAGGCGUUAGCAACAUUCUAUCAACUCUGGCAAUUCUUUGCACGAUUCUCUUCAUCGACCGACUUGGCCGCCGAUGGCCCUUGAUCAUUGGCAACCUGAUUAACUGUCUCUGUUUCAUCAUCGUCACAGCCGCAAUCGCCUCUUUUCCAAACGCGUCGCGCUCGAGUCAACAUUCCUUAGGCUGGGCUUUUAUCGCGACGAAUUGGGUGUACCAGAUAUCGUUCUCAUUCACGUGUGGCUCUCUCUCGUGGAUAAUUCCUGCUGAGAUUUUCGAUACCAAGACCAGAUCCAAAGGUGUUUCUCUCGGCGCGAUGGUCUCAUUCGCCUUCAACACGAUGAUCGGACAAGUCACUAGCCCAGCUAUCAACAGCAUCAACUGGCGCUACUUUCUGCUGUUUGUUGUAUGCAACUUUACUAAUGCCAUCUUCUUCUGGGCGUUUAUGCCUGAGACUGCGAAGCGCCCACUGGAGGAGAUGAACGCCUUGUUUAGCGGUUCGUCCUGGUUUGUUCCGACAAUGAGGAAGGAGGACUUUGAGACCCAUGAUCUAGAACAGAGACUGGCAGAAAACGAACAGAAGGAAAAGGCAAUAGCUGUUGAGCAUUCCGCGGAGGACUGAGGCUCCUUUGGUGUGGAUCUUGAAAGGGUGAAGCGAUGGCAUACGGCCCUUCUGUGUAUCGUUGCAAGUUUCGCAAGCCCAGAGUCGCCCCUAAUCUCACAUGUAAUCCGAUAUUUGCUCUCAAUGAGAAGGUCCUACAUUAUACUUAUUGAUAGCGUCCACUACCAUGUCUAGGGACAGCACUUCAUCCCUCUAUAGCAAUUACAUAAUCUAUAUUCUUUCUAUUGCUGUUGGCAGAAGUGUGGAUUGGUCAUGAAGUCAUAUAUAGUGGCAGAUGUUUGUCUUCAUUCUCUGUUAUCUCCUUGAUUUGCAUUUCUAUUCUGUAUCUCUUUUCCUAAUAUUUGGUGGCUGCUACGUCGUGCCUAUCUUGAUCCCCGGUCCAUGUUCAG